AUGGUUGAAAAGGAACUAAAUUAUAUUGCUUCUAGGCAGGCAGCAGAAACUUCUUCUAACGAAAAGGAUGGUGGUGUCACCGUUGAAGUCUUGCCAUUUGAUAACGACAAGCCAAAAGGAUCUACUUUUACCAGAAUUGUUGAUUCUUUCAGGCGUUACGAAGCGGAAGACUUAAACCUUGACCCCAAUUUGACAGAUAUCGAAAAAACAGCUAUUAUUACCGCCAAUUCUCCAUUAUCACGUUCCUUAAAGAACAGACACUUACAGAUGAUCGCCAUCGGAGGUGCUAUUGGUACUGGUUUAUUCGUUGGUUCUGGUAAGAGAUUGCACACUGGUGGUCCAGCAGGUGUCUUAAUCGGUUAUUCUUUAAUUGGUACUAUGAUCUAUGCAACCUGUCAAGCCUUAGGUGAAUUAGCAGUGACUUUCCCAGUUGCUGGUGCAUUUGUCACUUACAAUACUCGUUUUAUUGACCCAUCUUGGGGAUUUGCCAUGGCUUGGAAUUAUGCUAUGGGUUGGUUAAUUACCUUACCUUUAGAAUUGGUUGCUGCUUCUUUAACUGUAGACUACUGGAAUGACACUAUAAAUCCAGCAGCUUUUGUUUGUAUUUUUUGGGUUUUGAUUUGCGUGAUUAACUUCUUUGGUGCUAGAGGAUACGGAGAAGCUGAAUUUGUAUUCUCGAUUAUUAAAGUCAUUGCUGUGGUUGGUUUCAUCUUCUUUGGUAUUAUCGUUGUUUCAGGUGGUGGACCAAACCAUAAGUACCUUGGUGCUCAUUACUACUACGACCCAGGUGCCUUUGCAAAUGGUUUUAAGGGUGUUUGUUCUGUUUUUGUUUCGGCAGCCUUUGCCUUCGGUGGUACCGAAUUAGCAGGAUUAGCCGCUGCUGAAACAGAAAACCCAAGAAAGUCUUUACCAAAGGCCACCAAGCAAGUGUUCUGGAGAAUUACGCUUUUCUACGUCAUUUCCCUUUUAUUGGUUGGUUUAUUAGUCCCAUACGAUGAUAAAAGAUUGACUUCUGGUACAUCCUCUGCUGAUGCUAGAGCUUCUCCUUUCGUGUUAGCCGUCGUUGAUGCUGGUGUUAAGGGUUUACCAUCGGUCAUGAAUGUCGUUAUUAUGAUUGCAGUUCUCUCAGUUGGAAAUUCUUCCGUUUAUGCAUCAUCUAGAACUUUAGCCGCAUUGGCUGCAUGUAACCAAGCGCCAAAGAUUUUCAACUACAUCGACAGAAAGGGUAGACCAAUUUUUGGUGUUAUUGUUACCUGUCUCUUUGGUGCCUUAUGUUUCUUAGUCGCCUCUAAUAAUGAGUCGCUUGUCUUCGACUGGAUGUCAGCAUUGUCAGGUCUCUCUUCGUUAUUCACUUGGGGUUCAAUUUGUUUCUGUCACAUCAGAUUUAGAUAUGCUUUGCGGGUUCAAGGCAGAUCCACCGACGAAAUUGCUUACACUGCUCAAGCAGGUGUUUAUGGUUCUUACUACGGUUUGAUUUUUAUCAUUUUGGUUUUUAUUGCUCAAUUCUGGGUUGCUCUUUUCCCUCUCGGAGGCUCACCAAACGCUUCUGAUUUCUUCCAAUCUUAUUUAUCGGUUCCAGUUGUCAUACUUUUCUACGUUGGUCACAAAUUGUGGACUAGAAACUGGAGAUUAUAUGUAAGAGCCAAGGAUAUUGAUCUUGAUACUGGAAGAAGAGAACUCGAUUUGGAUGUCUUAAAGCAAGAAUUGUUAGAAGAAAAGGAAAUUAUUGCGGGUAAGCCGUUCUACAAGAGAUGGUGGCACUUCUGGUGUUAA